AUGAAAAUGACAUCAUUAUUAAUUGUAGCAUUAUAGAUCUAUACUUCAUUAGCAGUACUUGGAUUUGAUUUGCAUGCAAAGCAUGAUGAUUUCUCUUGCUUCAAAAAAAAUGGAUAUUAAUUUGCUAUUACCAGAGCUUACAGAAGUUUUGGAGCAGUGGAUCUUGAUGGAUAUUAAAAUUUAUAAAAAGCUAAAGCAGCAGGAUUAAUAGGUGAUGUAUAUUUCUUUCCUUGUAAAGGAAGUAAUAAUAUUGAUAUUAUAUUAACCUUUUAGAAAAAACAGUAAAGUCUUAAGUAUCAGAAUUUGUACAAACAUUUGGCAAUAAGUAAACUUAAGAAUAUGGAACUGUAUGGGUAGAUGUCGAAACAAAUCCUAGCACUGGUUGUGAAUGGACAAAUGAUUAUGCAAGCAAUUGCAAUUUCUUAUAAGAACUUGUAAAUGAAUUAAAAGGAAACAGUUAAUCUGUAGGAAUAUAUGCUUCAUAAUAUAUGUGGACAUCCAUUUUUGGAAGUGCAUCAGCAUGUUCUCACUUUGCUUCUCUUCCAUUAUGGUAUCCUCAUUAUGAUUAAACACCAACUUUUGAUGACUUUCCUAAAUAUAAAUUUGGUGGUUGGACAACUCCCAGCAUCAAAUAAUAUUCAGGUACGGCUACUGUUUGUGGUGUGGCUGUUGAUUUAAAUUAUUAUAAGUGA